AGUUUUCUCUUAACUUUCAGCUAUUUUUUUUUUCAAAGAUACCACUUUCUUUUCUCAGGGCCAUUUAAAAAAAAAAAAAUUUGUAUUUACAUGCUGCCACUUAGAUGAAGCAUCUUGUCUCAAACUCUCCUCCCACUUUGGUGACUGGUAGUACUAACGGUUUCGCACCGUGAGUUUCUCUCUAAGCGUAGGUGUGUGUGCGUGCAUGCGCAUUGCUACGCCGUUUCCUCAGCCAUUGCUCAGCAUCUUCUCUUCUCUGCUGGAAGACCUGCUGUCAUCUCUUCUUCAGGACACAACCUUGUGGACAUGGCUAGUAAAUGUGCUGAGUAUCCCUCUGUGUUCGUGGUGGACAGCCGGGCCGGAAUCCCUCCUUUACCCCCCAAGCCGGGCCAAAUGCAGGCCCAAAGACGGAGAAACAGAAUGACCCAGACCAUGCUCUACUUACUGGUCUCCAUGGCUCUGUUUGGCAUAGUUGUGGAGGCUUGCUUCAUCUACCACCUCUACAAGACAAAGCAAAGCUCAGAACUGCCUCAGAAUGAGAAAACUCCAAACGCCGGUGCAAGAAAAGGUGAACAGGUCAUGGACCACCCUACAGUCCCUCCAAAGAGGACAAGACCACCUCUAUUUCAGAAGCCUUUAAAGCCACUAGCACAUCUGACAGCUGGCAGUGAACGGCCCAGUGCAGACGGAGUCAUGCCAUGGAGAGAGGAACCAGAACUUCACAAGCUGGAGUACAAAGAAAAUAAGCUGGUGGUUGAGAAAGAGGGCUAUUACUACAUCUACUCCAAACUCUGCUUUGAUGCAGAUGAUAUCUCCUAUUACCAUACGAUGGUGAUGACCACGCCACGCUACAUGGGCACAUCUCCUAUCGAGCUUCUACGUAACCGCUACCAUGGAGACCACACCAAACCCCUCAAAAAUGUAGGCUCCAUUCAAAACAGCUACCUUGGUGGUGUGUUCCAUCUUCUCAAAGGUGAUGCUGUUUAUGUUGUGGUGAAAAGUGGCAGGGUUCUCCUGCAAACUUCAGCAGAUAACUAUUUUGGUAUGUUCAUGGUGUAACAUGGUGUAAACAUCUUAAAAGUGCAAUAAGUGGUGAUGAUAUUCAGCUUAACACUUUUAAAUAACUGGCUCAGAAGGCCACAUGAUUGCAUGAUCAUCUGAACAUGAGUUAGCUUAAGCUGCAGUCAUUUAGAUGAGUGUAGAAAAAUGAUAUACCCUUUACUGUUGAGUAAAGACUUUUACUGAAAAACUGUCCUUUGAAGUAUUCAGUUGUAAGUAUCUAAUAACUCAAAUUUGGGAAUCAUCACUCUUAAAUAAUUCUUGGCUCAUAUGAUUCUAGGAAAAACAUUGGCAUAUUGAUAUAGAUUCUUUGCAUUAUGUGGAGAUUCUUUAAAAAAAGAAAACAGCUCUAAAAAUAGUUCUUUAUAAAUCCUCCUAUUUAAAUUUACCAUGCGUUUUUAAGGAAUGAUCCCAAAGAGCCUUCAUUUUGACGAAUGUAGGCCAACCAUUAUCAAUGAUUUCCCUGUUUCCACUCAAUAAUAAAGUCACUGUGAGCAACUUGAAAACUUUGAUGUAAAGUAUACAUGGUUCACUUCAGUGCCAAGAAAGAUUGCUCCAAACCACAGGGGACUUUUCAGAGAGAACAGUGUCUUUGUGUCACGGCAAUGUAAGCCCAAACUCUUAACAAAUUUGACACACAUACUGUACUGCACAGAAGUCAGAGACUGCCCAUCAUCAAUUUCAUUUCCAGUCAGGCUGUACAGAUUCGGCAUCAGCAGAUACCGAAAACAGCAGAAAACAUAUUUAACAGAAAAUUACACACACGCCUCUACUAACAACUAAAUAUAAUCUAAACAUUUUUUCAGUAUUUUCACAGCUUCCAUUUGUUUCAGCAGACUUGCUUUCAGUUUUUCAAAGAAAUCUGUUUUUUUCACACCUCCAAAGAAGCUGGUAGCAUUUUCUGCUUCUCAUGAUGAAACUAAUCCCAAACACAUUCAGUGAUA